AUGGCGAAUCCUUUCCUAAUGGAAGAUGAGCCGAUGGCUGGCAGUGAACCGGUAUCGAAUCCUUUCCUCUUUGGCGGUGAAGAUGACGAGGCGCAAGAUGGUGGAGCUGCGGUGGGGGUCGACGAUAAUCCUUUCUUGGCGCAGGCAGCGGGCAAUCCAUUUGCGGACUUCGGUGGUGAGGUAGAAGAUCCGGCUGCUUCAGCUGCGGCUAUGGCCGGUAUGAAUAACCUGUUUGGCACUGCGGGAAGUAACGCGGUGGUAGUGACAACUGGUGCCGAAAUUUUUGGGGUAACUGACUCUGUCAUGACCCAGAGUGGACACGUCUACCACCAACAGCAGCAGCAGCAACAUCAGCAAAUGAACAACGGUGCGGCUAACUUUUUCGACACCACAAUCAACGAGGAUGAUGAUCUGAUCAUUCCGAAACCGACGCAUCUCCAGUUAGGUCCUCACACCAACAGCAAUCUGAUGGACGAUUCAAUGAUCAACGCUUACUCGAGUGAAGAUGAGAUGAAAGCGUGCAAAGAUGGUAACGGAAAAAUGGCUCCUCCGAGACCGAUUCCACCGUCGCAAGCAACGCAGCAGUUGAUCAGUUCGAUUGCCGAUCAGCUUGAUCAGACUAGCACGAACCUUCUCCGUAAGAUCCCGGCUACCAGAACGCCCAGCCCGGUGUCCAUGAGAGAUCUACACUCUCCCAGCCCAACACCUGACUUUGGCGAUCUGUUAUCCGUCGGAGAUCAACCUCCGCAGUCACAGAAUUCAGAGCUCUUCGACACUGGAAUGUCACAGAAUGCCAAUGAUAAUCCAUUCGCAGAACCCGCAGUCCAAAUGGGUGCCGCCGCUGUUGCCAGUGUCGCUACCAAACCCGAAGUUCAGAAGCCACCUCGUCCAAGACCACCUCCACCGCGUCCAGCUCCUCCACGAAGCUCACUAGCAUCAUCGCCGGUAACGGCACCGGUUCCCAGUGUGCCGCAUAUGCCAGCAGCGCCAGCUCAACAGGAAGCGGAUCUCUUCGAUCUGUUUGGUACUUCCACCACUGCUACGAAGGCAGCGCCUCCAAAACCUCCUGCUCCGAAAUCAAAGGAGGACAUUUUGUCGCUAUUCUCUACACCAGCUCCAUCCGCCGCUCCCGCUCCGGAACCUAAGCAAACGGAUCUACUGAGCGGGGAUUUCGAUGACAUUUUCGGGGGUUCGUGUCCCGAACCCACGGGUACGGAGUCCUUCGUUCCAAAUCUUACCGAAAACCUGGUUCAAACUCAAGUUCCUCCACCGGAAGUUGUGCCGGCAGCUUCCGAAGCACCGCCAGCACCGGAAAUCGUAAAUGAACCGAUUCCGGAACCGGAACCGGAACCAGAACCGCAGUCUGUGAUUCCAACAAUCGAGCAACCCACAAUGGAACCAUCGCCGGAAAUUGUACUGGAAGCUCCACCGGAAGCAGAAGAAGUGAUCAUGCGAUCGGAAGCGUCUUCCGAUUACAGUCCGACUGGAUCGAACGUGACUUCCGGUAACAUUCCUAGUUCCGUUUCGGGCAGUAUUGUGAACAUUGCCGGUGGGGAAAAAAUUGACGAACCAUACUCGUUGGACGGCGAUAUGAUCGUUGAGCAUGCUCCAGUUCCUACCCCCAUCGAGGUGUCGGCACCAAUGGAAUACAACCACGUCGAUGUUGUCGCACCUCCGACCGUGACCAGUCAACUGUUCUACAGCGAACCGGUUGCGGUCCCCGAAACCGUGGUCAAUCCUUUUGCUCUGUCGGCUGAUGACGACGAUUCUUACGCAGUGCAACCAACCGUCGCCCAAGAAAUGUAUGGAAAUUCUACCAAUAAUAAUAAUACCAUAGUUUCGGCCAGUUUCACCCAGGAACCGGAUGCGUUCGAUUCAUUUGCUGCCAAGUUUGAAGGAACACAAAACAAAGCCGGAAACAUUUUCCUCGAUGGGGACCUAGGAAAUAGCACUACAGCGGAUGCCUUCGGAACGGCCGAUGCCUGGGGAACGAGUGAUGUAUCCGGUGGUGGUGGAUUUGACGGUGGUGAUGGUUUCGGCACCGAGGAUGGCUUCGGUGAUCCUUUCCUAUCGAUGGAAGGACCACCAGCACCGGAGGGAACUCCAUUCGGCCGAUCACAUUCGCGUGAUUCCGACGAAGGAGGUCAUUUCAAUGUGGUGAUUCGACCGAAGGAUGGCCUCGAUAUGGGUUUGGCUCCGGCGUUGGCUCCACCACCGAGGAGUCCUCAAACUGCUUCCAUCUAUUCGGGUGAUUCUUCGCCACGGGUGAAUCCCUUCGAUAGGGGAGACGAUGCGGAUGCUACCUUGGCCGCACUGCCGGAUUCAACUCCACAGUUGCAGCGGACCGAUUCGCAAGAGACACCUCCAACGCCACUGUUCGACGAAGAUGUCUCGCAACCCCUGGAGGAUUUCCCCCGAAUUGUGUACUCCGGUGAAGGUUGGGAAAUGCAACUACGGCAACCGAACAAGAAAAAGAUCACCGGUCAGCGGUUCUGGAAGAAGAUCUACGUACGGCUGGUUUUCCAGGGUGACAAUCCGGUGAUGCAACUGUCGAAUGCGGCAACCGAUAAGGAUCCAUUCCAGGAACUGCCACUACAGGCGUGCUACUCAGUUUCCGAGAUCGGAGCCCAGCAGUACGACAAUUUCGGUAAGAUAUUCACCAUCAAGUUGCAGUACGUGUUCUACAAGGAGCGACCGGGUGUUCGACCCGGUCAGGUUACGAAAGCAGAACGAUUGACCAACAAACUGAGUCAGUUCGCUGCCUACGCCAUUCAGGGUGAUUAUCAAGGUGUGAAAGAGCUGGGAAGUGAUCUGAAAAAGCUUGGACUACCGGUCGAACAUGCACCGCAGAUUUCGCAACUGUUCAAGCUCGGUUCGAUGAACUACGAGGACAUGAAGCAGUUUUCCGUGUGCAUCGAGGAAGCACUGUUCAAGAUGAGUGUGCACCGUGAUCGAGCGUUGACGUACAAAACGGAAGAAGUGCAGGUAACUGCCGUCGAUGAGCUGUACGUCGAGCAGGAUGCCGAAGGUCACGUGGAUAAGCAGAUUGCUCGGGUACGGUUGUUCUUUUUAGCGUUUCUUUCCGGAAUGCCCGACAUUGAGCUGGGAGUUAACGACCUGUGGCGGCAGGGUAAGGAAGUAGUCGGACGGCACGAUAUCAUACCGGUGGUUACGGAAGAAUGGAUUCGACUCGAGGGUGUAGAGUUCCAUGGUUGUGUACAGCAGGAUGUGUACGAGCGAUGUCGCACGAUCAAGUUUAAACCACCGGACGCGUGCUACAUAGAGUUGAUGCGAUUCCGGGUGCGACCGCCGAAGAAUCGAGAGCUUCCGUUACAGCUCAAAGCGACCUGGUGUGUCACGGGGAAUAAAGUUGAACUACGGGCCGACGUACUGGUUCCCGGGUUUGCCUCACGAAAGCUCGGCCAGAUUCCGUGUGAGGAUGUAUCGAUUCGGUUUCCCAUCCCGGAGUGUUGGAUCUAUUUGUUUCGGGUGGAGAAGCACUUCAGAUAUGGUUCAGUGAAAUCAGCUCAUCGUCGUACGGGUAAAAUCAAAGGAAUCGAACGGUUCCUGGGGACGGUCGAGACACUGCAGGAAUCGUUGAUCGAGGUAACUUCCGGACAGGCAAAAUACGAGCACCACCAUCGGGCGAUAGUGUGGAGAUGUCCUCGGCUGCCGAAGGAGGGUCAGGGCGCCUACACAACCCAUCAGUUGGUGUGUCGGAUGGCGUUGACUAGCUUUGACCAAAUUCCGGAACAGCUGGCUCCGUAUGCCUACGUGGAGUUUACGAUGCCGGCAACACAGGUUUCGCACACGACCGUCCGAUCCAUAAGUGUACAGGAAUCCGACAGCGAUGAACCACCGGAAAAAUACGUCAGAUAUCUUGCUCGACACGAAUACAGGGUUGGCAUCGAGCACACGACGGGAGAAUCGGUCAAUGCUUAUCUGGCGGCGACGGCCGUUACCAAGCAACCGAUUCAGGAGGAACAACCGAUGGCUACUACGCCCAUCGCACCCAGUGACUCGGAUUCGGAUUCAAACUAAACUAACUUCUCUUUUUCUGUUUCUGGGCUGGGCGAAACACGUUCAAAUCCAAAGCAAUAAUCUGAACGAACGACGGGCAAAGAGUGUUCAAGGGAACCAAGCUCAGCAGUGAAACAACAAAAUGCGAGUUUAAGCAACAAACUACAUUUAAUCGAAAACAGAACAGAAAAAAACUUAAGCAAAUAGAUGUUACUGAAUUAUGUUAGUUUGACAAUAAACUAUGUAUUUAUCACGCAAAUCUUAGGAAGGAUAUGUAACGAAAAGUAUUACCAGUUAAAUCAUUUUCUUCUUCGGUUCAAAUCUUCGGUCUGCUCGUUUCUUUGUUAGCGAAUUUGCGAGUCUAGAAUUUAUUAGAUUUUACGUGCUUGUAUAUAAUAAAUUUAGUUACUAUUCAAUUCGAUACGUUAAGCAACCAUUUUCCCAUCGCGUAGAAGUGGUGUAAACUAAUUCAACAGUAAAUAUGAAAAAAACCAACCACAACCUGUAUGUUAAUCUUGUGAUGAUGCUGGUGUUAUAGAAAAAAAAAUUAAAUACUCGUUGCAAUAGUUCUUACAAACAAAAAAAAUAUACAUAAACUGUUUCCGGCAUUGUAUGAAGGCAAACCCAAAAUUCGACUAUAAUAUCCUGCUUUUGGUAUCACACAUAUCAUAGUAGCCGUUUGAUAAUUUCAAAUAUUCGUCAUACCGAUCGCAGUAGGCCAACACGUAAGCCCACUGGCCCAUCAAAUGCUUUAUUGUAUUGGAAAAUAAACAAAGAAAAAAAAAUAAAAAUCAUUUGGCGUUCUACCAACAGACCGGCAUUUUGCUCGGCAUAUAGUGGAAUCAACUAACUAAACGAUAACUUAUGACAUUUAUUACUCUUACGGGACAAGCAUAGAGAAGAAGAAGAAGAAAAAACCAAUGACUCACACGCAUUACAAUUGGUAGUACAUGUGUAUUGCAAAAAUGCUAUAUAAUUACUAACUAGUGGCAGUAGUUUUAGCGGGACUAUAGAGUAUCAAGAGGCCGAUUUUGUUGACAAAUUUACUGAUCAUGUGUAAAACAUUAUAAAUUGACAAAAAGUUUAAAUAAAAUAACAACAAUAAUAAUAUUAAUAAUAAUUAUUAUAGAAAUAAUAAUGAUUAAGAAUAUGUCACUGUUUAUGCGGAUUUAAUAUACAGUAAAAAAUAUGGAAGAAAGAUUAAUCGUUAUGUAUACAUAAUAAAUGAAACCCAAAAUAAUCAAAUGAUGAUGAUGAUCGAUUAGCACUCGAUUCAAAGUAUGUGAAUGAAUCUGAGCGCCAUGAUAAAUGACAUGUUGAUAACUAGUACGAAUACACGCGGUAAACCCUCUGAAAAUAUACUGAUGAAAUAAAUAUGAUCCAAGGAAAAUGAACAAAAUGACAAAUAUUACUGAUGCUAUUAUACCUUAUACAUAUUAAAUGAGAAUAAAAAAAAAACACAAGAUGGAA